AUGCCGCCGGAAAGAGAUGAGGAUACUCAAGUCUCUCUCCUCACACCGAAUUCUGAACCCAACAACAACCACAACAACCAACAACAAGAACAAGAAAAAGAAGCCCUUGCGGAUCUUCUCAAGCGUGAGUCCCGUUUAUAUACAUGGCGCCAUGCAUGGCAGUUGAGACUCUGGCGUGUGUGGGGUCCAGAGCCGCCGUACGCCCUGCAGUCGGAGGACACCGCCGGCGGCGGGAUUGCGGGUGGAUUGUAUUACACUUGGCUGGCCGACCUCAUGGGGCGGGCGGCGCGGGCCGAUCGUGUUGGAUUGCACCACGAGGAGGAUCUCACGGCGGAGGAUAUGCCGCGGCCCACACGUGAUUCCCGUGCGUACAACGCUGGUGUUCUUCUCAGUGCAGCCCUGCAGCGGCAGCGUUGGCGGCGGUAUGGGUGGAGUGUUUAUAUUGGCGUGGAGGUGCGGCAUCGACGGGAUCCAUCAAGUGCGGGGGAACUGCGAUGGAUAGGAAAUGCCCAGCAGCGGCGCACACCGCGGGAGUUGUAUGCGGGAGUGGAGUGGCGUGUACCUCCAGCACAUCGUGUAAAAGAGGCAUCAAGAAAUGCAGAAUGUAAUCCAUUUAUGAAUGGGAUAUAUGAUGGGGAACAUCUCUUUCAAACAUCUACAGUAGCAUUAGGAGGAGAAGGAGAGGCAACGGCCACAUUGGAGCGUGUGAAGAAUAUUGAAAUUAUUUCUCCACUAUCAAGGAAGCAUGUACAUGGUGUGGGGAUGCCAGAAACAUCACAGCAAUUACCAAAGUCUAUGUCUGUAGCCAGAGCACUUUUUAGUGUAUUUGGAAAUAAAGUAUAUAUACUUAUCAUUGUACGAUUACUACGGGAUGCUUGUCAGCUUGGUGUACCUGUGGUACUUCAGAGUUAUAUUGAAUUUCUUCAAUCCAAGGAUCCACAAUGGCGUGAUGGACUCUUACUGGUGUUAGCCUUCGCUAUACUCUCACUUGUACAGAGUGCGGCUGCUAAUAAAGUAACACAAUUGGGAUGGCGUGCGGGCCACACCUUUCAAAAUGCCUUACAGGCGGUUUUAUUUGAAAAAUGUGCCACCGUCUCUCGUAAGUCUCUCAUGCAUCCAGAGAUGAAUAUAGGACGUAUAGUAAAUAUGAUGAGUAGUGAUGUCAGUAGUUCCUCAUCACUACCACAGAUGGUUCCUAUUGCAGUUGGGGCACCUAUACAAUUAUUGGUGGCGUUAUUUUUAUUGUAUAGACUUGUGGGUUGGUGCGCCUUUACUGGUUUUGGUGUACUGGUGGCAUUUAUGCCUGUUCAGGGUUUCAUCAUGCGGCGAUACUUCACAGCGUAUGGGGCACUUUCACAAGCAACAGAUGCGAGAUUAAAAGCCACAAAUGAAUUUUUCACAGGUGUGCGAGUAGCGAAGUUUAUGUCUUGGGAACCAUCAUUUAUUCGAAAUAUUGAAGAACUGAGAAGACGUGAAGUGGCUGCUUUGCGAACAACACAACUUCUUUACAUUGCAAGUGCCUUUCUCACUAAUGCGAUCCCAGCAGUGGUGAUUGCCGUUGUUUUUCUACUCUACAGUACUUCUGGGCAUGAGUUAACCCCAGCUGUGGUCUUUCCUACACUCACAUUACUGGAUAUUAUGCAAAUGCCUUUUAUUAUGAUUCCUAUUUCCAUCUCUAGUGUGAUGCGAUUUGUGGUGUCUAUGCGGCGAAUUACAAAGUUUCUGGAAUGCGAGGAUGCUAAUGAUGGAAUGCGGGAACUCCUACAAGAUGAUGAAAGGGAAACAUCUCAACAAUAUCAUCAUCCCAACGGUCUUCAUAUGUAUGGAAAACCCACCAUGAUAACAACAUCCGCAAUGGCAUCGGCAACUACAAGAAAAGAAGCAUCCGCUGCUGCAGCGGAGUUUAUGCAUGCUACUAUCUCAACAUAUACACCACAGAAACUUCCACCAUGUGCGAAGGAACGAAAGGCGGCUGAACGGAAUAGAAAUAAUAAUAAUAAUAAUAAUAAUAAUAAAGAGAAAAAAGACUCCACGGAGUACUAUGAAUUACAACGAAAAGAAUUACUUCGUGAUAUUACACUUCGUAUUCCUAAAGGUAAACUCACCUGUGUGAUUGGGGAAACUGGAAGUGGAAAAUCUACACUACUGGAAUCUCUAUUAGGAGAAAUUGAGGUAACCUCUGGUGUAUUACACACCACACCUGCCAUUGCCUACGUUCCACAACAACCAUGGAUUAUGAAUGCCACACUUAAAGAUAAUAUUUUAUUCUUUAGUGAUAUGAAUGAUGAUCGUUUUCACCGUGCUUUACGUUGUACACAAUUAGAGUCUGAUUUACUUUUACUUGCUAAUGGUGUGGAAACCGAAAUAGGUGAAAGAGGUAUUAAUUUAAGUGGAGGACAAAAAGCCCGUGUGGGUCUUGCCCGUGCUGUCUACGCCUCUGAUCGUGAUAUGUAUUUACUGGAUGAUCCACUCUCUGCAUUAGAUGCCCAUGUGGGAGAACGGGUAUUGCAUGAAUGUAUACUUGGAGAACUGCGAGAUACCACGCGGGUGUUAGCCACGCAUCAAUUACAUGUCUUACGCUAUGCAGAUUACAUUGUCGUCCUUCAGGAAGGUGGCACCAUUGCCUUUGAGGGAGACUAUGAUGGAUAUAAGAAGUAUUUGGCCAAUAGAGUGGAGGCUGUAAAGAAAGAAGAAGAAGAAGAUGAUGAUAAUGAUGAUGAUAAGAAGAAGAAGUUGGAAAUAACAGACGAUAAUGCAGAGAAGAAGAAAAGUCAGACAAGUGAUGAACAGAGAGAUACCACGACAGAACAGAAGGAAAGUGUUGAUAAUAAUAAUAACACAAUGAACAGUGAAGACGUUAAUAUGGAAAAGGAUACCAAUAACAAUAUGGAUGAUACAAUUGAUGAAAGCGACGAGAAUGAUAAGAACAAUAAUAACAACAAUAAGAAUAACAACGACAACGAUAUUGGUAAAUUAAUGACAGAAGAAGAAAAAGCAACAGGUGCAGUUUCCAUGGAAACAUAUAAACAGUAUUUCAAGGCAUGUGGUGGUCUCACUUUAUGUCUUUUUGUACUGUUAUUAUUUAUUAUCACAGAAUGUCUUGUUGUGGCCCCUUCACUCUGGCUUUCCUUCUGGUCUGUGCGGCGUUUUGCUCUCUCUUCACGUACGUAUCUUCUCAUCUAUACUUUAUUAGUGGCUGGAGAGUCAUUAAGUUCUCCAUUACGUAAUGGGACUGGAUACGCCAUUCAACGGUGUGCCUCUCUGAACUUACAUGCGCAAUUACUACGAUCCCUCGCUGUAGCUCCAAUGGCAUUCUUUGAUACUACUCCACUUGGUCGAGUAUUAAAUCGUUUUUCAAAAGAUUUUAGUAGUAUUGAUGGAGACUUACCGGGAAGUAUUAUCUUCUUUGUACAGUGUGUGUUAUCUGUGAUAUCUUCUGUGAUAGUGAUGGCCAUAUCACAGUAUUUUAUCUUGAUAGUAUUAAUACCAUGUGCAUUAUUUUACUAUAAACUCAUGUUAUUUUAUAAUAGUGCGAAUAGAGAGAUUCGCCGUAUUGCGAAUCGAGCCAACUCUCCUGUUUUCUCCGUUUUAGGAGAAAUGCUUGCAGGUCGAUCUUGUAUUGCCGCAUAUGGUAAAACCACAGACUUUUUACAAAAGGCUAUGCAUCGUAUUGAUAUGGUGUAUGCAUGUUCAUAUAUUCAAAAGGUUUGUAAUUGUUGGCUUGCGGUGCGUAUUGAGUUACUCAGUAAUGCUGUAUUAACAUCUGUGGCUUUUCUUGGUGUUAUACUUGUUAUUUUACGUUUUAGUAACACAGAUGUGGGACUUCUUUCAUUAAGUCUCACUAUGGCUAUGAAUAUGAAUUCACUUCUUAAAUUUGUAGUGAAUCAGUCUGCAGAGGUUGAAGCUAAUAUGAAUUCGGUUGAACGGGUAUUAUAUUACACGUUUAAUGUGGAACAUGAGGAUUUACUGGAUGAUAUUAAUAAUGCUAUUAAGGAACAGGAAGAACGGGAAAAACAGAAAAUGGUAAAAGAAAAGAAAAAGACUCAACACAACAACAACAACAACAUCUUCAAUGAUGAGGGUUAUACAAGAAUAACGAGUGUUCGUGUGAUGUCAGAAACCGAUGACGAAGAUAAUCUAAAUAACAACAACAACAACAACAACAACAACAACAACAACAACAACAACACUAACACCAACACCAACACCAACAACAAGAAUAAUAAUAAUAAUAACUAUAAGCUCAAUAUCCAUGAUGAUAAUAGUAGUAGUAGUAUUGACCGAGAAUACUCUUUGGCAGACGAAGAAGAAGAAGAAGGAUCGAAAAAUGUCGCGGGAACAGUAUCUGCCAAAUCUGGUUCUAUUAUAUUCCAUAAUGUUACUAUGCGAUACCGUGCGGGUUUGCCGCUUGUUCUCCGUGGUGUAAACUUCAAAAUAGAGCCUGGUCAGAAGGUUGGCAUUAUUGGCCGCACGGGCAGUGGCAAAUCUUCACUCCUCCUAACCUUUCUCCGCAUGGUGGAGAUCACAGAGGGAGAUAUUUACAUUAACCAUCGUCCCAUUCGCUCCUACCCCUUACGAUCCCUUCGCCAACUCUUUGCGAUGAUCCCGCAGGACCCACUUCUCUUCAAUGGCACUAUUCGCAGUAAUGUGGAUCGCUUUCACAACUGCAGUGAUGCGGCGGUCUGGCGGGCCCUGCGGCUUGUCGGCCUUCACGAUCGACUGCGUGGGGAGGCGGAGGGCCUGCAGAGCCGCGUGGAGGAGGGCGGGGCGAACUUCAGCGUCGGCCAGCGGCAACUCCUCUGCAUGGCCCGCGCCCUCCUCCAACAACAACAACAACAAGAAGAAGAAGGAAAAGGAAAAGAAGAAGAAGAAGAAGAAUCUCAUUCUCAUAAUAAUAAUAAUAGUAAUAAUAAUGCUAAUGGUAAUGGUGUGAUUCUGCUGAUGGAUGAGGCGACGGCGAAUGUGGAUCCGCAGUUGGAUCGGCAAAUCCAACACGCCAUCACACACACCUUCGCGGCACACACGGUGGUGACGAUUGCCCACCGCCUGCACACCGUCGCCGCGUACGAUCGGCUGCUGCUGAUGGAGGAGGGGCGGGUGGUGGAGGCGGGACCCCCGCGGGAACUCGCCCAGCGCAGGGACUCCAGACUGGCACAGAUGCUCUUGGCAAGAGGAGAGGCGGCACUGCAGGAGUUUAUGGAGGCAGCUGCACGGAGAGAAUAG